ACCUCUUAGCCCGUUCAGCCUCUCCAUAGUCCAGAAGCAGAGGUGCUGGUGACCGCCUCAGGAAAUAGCCCUAAGACAGGUGGCCUUAAAGUGACUGGCUGGCUUCAGCCCAGCUGGUGGCUGCUCUCUGAGAAGCAGAGACCUUGAGCACAUCUCAGCCCACAGGCAGCCCCAUGAAGAGCCCUGUCUGCACCUUGCCCUUCCCCACCGAGACUCUCCAGCAGGGACUCUGGCCUGCUGGGCUGCCACGGUAAAGCAGCGCCCCUGGGAAGGCGGUGCCAUCUGCCUGAUUUCGCUAGACUUUAGCCAUCUCCAGAACCCCACCUGAUGUCCUGGGACCCCGCUCUUCAGGAAAGGGACAUUCCUGGAGGCAGAAAUGUAGCGCAGCUCUGAAUGAGGCCCCAAAAGAUGGGAGAUGCAGAAGCCCCUUUGGGAGGAGAGGACACCUGGGCAACCCUUGACCCCCUUUCCCACCCCCACCUCCAGGUUGGGAGCACGUUCCUGCACGUGGCUAUGCUGUGGGGCCUCUCUCAUGAGUCAGAGCGGAGGGAGACAGCUGUGCCUCUGGAGUCUGCUUUUAAUUAUCUGGAAAUGCAGAGAUGUCUGGUUUUUGCCUGAGCAAAAUAGGAGUUUAUUUUUGUACUAUCCCGAGCUGGCUAAGGAGAGUCACGUAGCUGUGGGCGGGGUCUUGGGGAUGAGGAGGGGUACAGCAGGCAGGGACUAUGCUGAAGUGGAGCUGGCUGUAGGAACCCCAGGGAGGCACAGGGGGAGCAUGAAGAGGAGCUACACUUCCCUCCCUUAGUGCCCGGGCAGAAACUCCCAGGGCCCUUCACAGAACCUUGGAGGAACAUUCAACACCCCCAUCUCUAGGACAGCCCCAGCCCUGUCAUCCUCCAAUUGCUAUGGUAACACGGGGACUGGAGCAGUGAGAUUGUUAGGCCUUCAGGGCCAGUGUCUCCAUGCAGAUCAGAUGGAGGCGGUGCUUGGCACAUAUAGCACCUCACUGCCCAUGCCCACAGAAGUUGGUGCAGAUCAUAAGGUGGCUUUUGGGGCUAAUUGAUUGAAGUUCCAACAUAGUCUGUUUCUCCUAGGCUGGUAGCUGGCACCUUUGGCCCCACGUGUUUUUUAAUUAUUUUUUCUUUUGAGACGAAAUCUCGCUCUAUCACCCAGGCUGAAGUGCAGUAGUGCAAUCUCAGCUCACUGCAGCCUCUGCCUCCCGGGUUCAAGCAAUUCUCCUGCCUCAGCCUCCCGAGUAGCCAGGAUUAAAGGUGCCUGCCACCACACAUGGCUAAUUUUUGUAUUUUUAAUAGAGACAGGGUUUCACCAUGUUAACCAGGCUGGUCUCAAACUCCUGACCUCAGGUGAUCUUCCUGCCUCAGCCUCCCAAAGUGCUGGGAUUACAGAUGUGAGCCACUGCGCCCAGUCAUGCCCAUGUGUUUUGGUGGCCUUGGCUGCUGAUGGGUGGGGUGAGCCCCAGGAGGAAGUUGGGACAAGUCAACCUCAUGGCAGAUGUGCCAGGGAGAGCUGCGGGUGAGAUAGAUUGUUCCUAUCCCCCUCUCCUUGAUGUGGGAGGACUCAGUACCUCCGGCACACCCUUCUCAUGGAGGUUGGUUAUGUGGUACUUGGCCUCAAGUGAACCAGCACUUCAUGAGUCCAUCUUUGUGCUAGACCAGCACUUGGGAUUGAGGGGGGCAGUGGCCACCCUCGGGGGACCUUCUGACUCAGAGGACAUGAGAUGGCCACACUCGAGCACUGUGUUCCUGACCUUUCUGGGUCACAGGUCACCUUGAUGAUUGGAUGAAAGUCUUAGAUCUUCUUUCCAGAGAAAAGUCUACAACAUUCUACUGAACCAGUCCAGAGGGUUCCCGGACCCCCGAAGCCCACCCAUGGGCUGGCUCUGGGAGGCAAUGGCGCUGAAUCUCUCGCAUGGAUCCCCACAGAUGGUACGGAGGGAUAUCGGGCUGUCAGUGACGCACAGGUUCUCCACCAAGUCCUGGCUGUCGCAGGUCUGCCACGUGUGCCAGAAGAGCAUGAUAUUUGGAGUGAAGUGCAAGCAUUGCAGGUUGAAGUGUCACAACAAAUGUACCAAAGAAGCCCCUGCCUGUAGAAUAUCCUUCCUGCCACUAACUCGGCUUCGGAGGACAGAAUCUGUCCCCUCGGACAUCAACAACCCGGUGGACAGAGCAGCCGAACCCCAUUUUGGAACCCUCCCCAAAGCACUGACAAAGAAGGAGCACCCUCCGGCCAUGAAUCACCUGGACUCCAGCAGCAACCCUUCCUCCACCACCUCCUCCACACCCUCCUCACCGGCGCCCUUCCCGACAUCAUCCAACCCAUCCAGCGCCACCACGCCCCCCAACCCCUCACCUGGCCAGCGGGACAGCAGGUUCAACUUCCCAGCUGCCUACUUCAUUCAUCAUAGACAGCAGUUUAUCUUUCCAGACAUUUCGGCCUUUGCACACGCAGCCCCGCUCCCUGAAGCUGCCGACGGUACCCGGCUCGAUGACCAGCCGAAAGCAGAUGUGUUGGAAGCUCACGAAGCGGAGGCUGAGGAGCCAGAGGCUGGCAAGUCUGAGGCAGAAGACGAUGAGGACGAGGUGGACGACUUGCCGAGCUCUCGCCGGCCCUGGCGGGGCCCCAUCUCUCGCAAGGCCAGCCAGACCAGCGUGUACCUGCAGGAGUGGGACAUCCCCUUCGAGCAGGUAGAGCUGGGCGAGCCCAUCGGGCAGGGCCGCUGGGGCCGGGUGCACCGCGGCCGCUGGCAUGGCGAGGUGGCCAUUCGCCUGCUGGAGAUGGACGGCCACAACCAGGACCACCUGAAGCUCUUCAAGAAAGAGGUGAUGAACUACCGGCAGACGCGGCACGAGAACGUGGUGCUCUUCAUGGGGGCCUGCAUGAACCCGCCCCACCUGGCCAUUAUCACCAGCUUCUGCAAGGGGCGGACGUUGCACUCGUUUGUGAGGGACCCCAAGACGUCUCUGGACAUCAACAAGACGAGGCAAAUCGCUCAGGAGAUCAUCAAGGGCAUGGGAUAUCUUCAUGCCAAGGGCAUCGUACACAAAGAUCUCAAAUCUAAGAACGUCUUCUAUGACAACGGCAAGGUGGUCAUCACAGACUUCGGGCUGUUUGGGAUCUCAGGCGUGGUCCGAGAGGGACGGCGUGAGAACCAGCUAAAGCUGUCCCACGACUGGCUGUGCUAUCUGGCCCCUGAGAUUGUACGCGAGAUGACCCCUGGGAAGGACGAGGAUCAGCUGCCAUUCUCCAAAGCUGCUGAUGUCUAUGCAUUUGGGACUGUUUGGUAUGAGCUGCAAGCAAGAGACUGGCCCUUGAAGAACCAGGCUGCAGAGGCAUCCAUCUGGCAGAUUGGAAGCGGGGAAGGAAUGAAGCGUGUCCUGACUUCUGUCAGCUUGGGGAAGGAAGUCAGUGAGAUCCUGUCGGCCUGCUGGGCUUUCGACCUGCAGGAGAGACCCAGCUUCAGCCUGCUGAUGGACAUGCUGGAGAAACUUCCCAAGCUGAACCGGCGGCUCUCCCACCCUGGACACUUCUGGAAGUCAGCUGACAUUAACAGCAGCAAAGUUGUACCCCGGUUUGAAAGGUUUGGCUUGGGCGUCCUGGAGUCCAGUAAUCCAAAGAUGUAGCCAGCCAUAUGGUUUUUCGCUGCUGAUCUCUUUCUUUUUAAAAUGUGUUUCUGAAACAUCCAAACAACCACCACGACAAAAAAACACUGCCUGCCCACCGCUGCAAACCAGGAGCACGUGUCCUAGAUUCAGACUGUUGGCCAUAAACCCCACUCGGGAGAUGGAGCUGCACCUGCUAUUUCUUAAAAUGACACCACCAACAACCAAACCUGUCAUGACAGACAGCAAAUGUUUACACGUUUAUUUCUCCUGAGUGAACCUGAUGUUUUCCAAUAGGUAAUAAUAAAAACAGUCUGUGCAGAUGCACUGGCACUGACGGCCAGGAUGGCGGAAAUGGCCGUCCCCUCUGAGGACCUUGUAGGCGGUGAGGGACCCAUGCUGGGCCAGAAGGAAGACAAACAUGGUGAUUGCAGCUGUUCUUGGGGUAGGGCGGGGAGCCCAGAAGGUCUGAUCUGGCCUCUGCUUUUUGGCCCAAGACUCCAUCAGGGAAAUCUAUCUAGGGCUCUCCCCUUGUCCUUUCAAAGGGAUACUGCCCCUUCCUCGUCUUGCAGAGGAAACCCUGGCUAGGAACUGAGCUAGUCUAUGGCGUCUGGAAUUCCUGGAGAGCUUGGGUUCACCUUCUCACCCCUGUAAUCCAGGCUGCUCCUGCUGGAAAAGUAGAAACAGAAUCCAAAAAAGGUCUGGACUCACCCAGUGGUUCCCAGCCAGGGUUUCUGCUGAAAGGUGAGGAAACAUCCAUGGCUUGUACAGAUGUGAGUCUUUGAUGAAGCCCCCAGGCAGGCACCAAGGUGAUGGGACUCAGGGCCUUGGCUUUUAGAUACAUCCCAGUCCCUCACUGACAUCUGACCAUGAGGGCUGGAUGGGUGGGAACAAGGAGGAGGAGUAGAUGGCAAAGGUACCUGAGCCCACUUCCCAGCCACAGGGUGACCCUGGCACUGUAAAAACCCUUUGUCAGUCAUGCCAGAAGGUUCUAGAACUGCCCACCUCUUCCAUUUCAGUCCUGCUGAAACCCCUUAGCCUAUUUCCGACUCCUCUGUCCAUGCUCUGAGUUCAGCUGGGCGGUGUGUGGGCUAUCACCCCUUUCAUUUAGACCUACCUAGCUGGCCCCCAUCUGCAGAGCCUUCCUUAGCACCAUUAGGCCUUCUACUUGUGUCCAUUUGAAGCAGGAGGGGCUGGAUUUGGAAAAGUCUUUGAAGUGAGAGCACCACGCUUGUCUUCGUUAGAAACUCUUAACUGCAGAAAAAAGUUCCAGAUGGCAAGGGAGCCCUUAAGUGGAGAUUAGGUUGCAUUAGACUCCAAAACCAGAAAGGAAAAAGGGUGAUGGGAGUGGAGACGUGAUUGGAUUCAGGCCCAGAACCUGUGACCAUGCUCUGAGCUCAGACUUGGGGAGGGAGGGGUGUGGCUCCCACCCCUUCCAGUUAAGACCUGCCUAGCAGAGCCCCAGUCUCCAGCCCCUUCCCUAGCACCAGAGUCUGGUCAAAAUGCCACAGAAAAUGAGCUGCUCUGCCAGCAAGCUGUGGAGCUGCCUCCUCUCCAGGCCUGGCAUCCCUUGGUCAGCCCCUCCUGGGAGGGCACAGCCGUAUUACAGUGCCAGUGUGCCUGGCCAUCAGCAUCUUCACCCUUCCCAGUCUGUGUGGGGAGGCUGUAAACCACAUGGAUUCAGCUCCGUGUGGAGUUUCUGUGCUAUGGUGGGACUGCUCAUUUUGCCCCAUCAUCCCUUUGGCCUCCCACACACCUGCCCCUUCCCAGGGAUCACGUGUGUCUCCAGCCUUUCACCUUUCUAUUGCAAUGGUGGCCUUUGUCCAGGCAAGAGCAGGCCUGAUGGAUGUACUGGUGACCCCCACAGUUGGAUGUCAGCUCAGCCGUCCAACUGGGAGGAACAGUAGGCUCAGUUCCUCCCUGACCCCUGACACCAGGCCGCAGUGGGCAUGCACAGGCCCACAGAAAGUCAGUCUGGGUUUUGCUUUUCUUGUGAGCAUCACAGUUAAAGAAGCGCUCAUUGAGCAACUACAGUGCACUUGGUCUUCUGCAAGUGCUGGGCACCUAGAGAUAGGAACAGUCAUGGUCCCUGCUCUUAAGGAACUGAUGACCUGGUGGGGCCCUGUUGUCUUCAAGGAACCCAGAAGCCACUGGGCCCCAAAGGUGGAACUGAAGGACUGGGGGCAGCUGGCUGUCAGCCUGCCACCUCUGCACUGCCUGCCUUUAAAGAACCCCACCCCACCCCAUGAUGGUCCCCUCUGUUCCCCUUGUAUUUCAGUGACUGUGAAUUGAGGUUAGGAAGGCACACCUGCCCUUCUGUGUGCUCUCUCCACGCGAAGGAUGACAGAUACUGUGAAUUCAGCCCUCACGGCCAACUGUGAAGGGGAUGGAGAAGGCUGGGAGGGCUCGGGGAGAGCUCUUAGGGGCUGCGGAAGUCCCCACGGGGAUCUGAGAGUGGAGCCCAAGCUUUGGCCCUCCAGGCAUCCCCAGUUUCCAGCCUCACCUCUGAAGCCCUGCUGCCUUUAACCACCAGAGCCGCAGCCCCCUGGGUUUCUGUCUAACUCGAAGUCUUGAAUCCUAGCUAAUUUGGGGUUGUGAGCAGUGUGUAGCAAAGUUGAUCUCUCCAUGUCACCAAAUCAAAACACCCUCUGUCAUCCUACGGCAUUUCCUCUUGAGGUCACAGAGAGGAAUGGCAAGCCCUGGAAACCUGUGUUAUUCUGUGUUGAUUUGGUGUGGGGGGAGGGUGGAGACGUAAAUGUCAAGCCAGUUGGAGUUUGUGCUAUGCAGCAGUGUUAGCCAGGAUCUCAUCAGCGUGCAAACCUAGCAUCUUCUGUGGCCACAAGCCACACACUUGCUUUUUUUGAAUGUGAUGUAAAAUUUGUACAGUAAAGUUUUUAUAUUUUCUAUCAACUACAUUUGUCUUCCAGACAUGCUAUUAAUUUAAAUUAAAAUGGUUAGUAUUAACGAACAUGCUGUAUCGGGUUUUUUUGCCACUGGCAAGAACAUGCCCUCUGUGCUAAGCCAGGCCUGGGUGUCUGGAGUUUGUGAAUAAAGUUAUACCAAGGUG